CAUUCCAUCUCUUCAACAUCCCCUGAUUUCAGAAAUGGCCUCCAUGUUUUCCACAUCCGAGAUGUCUAACAUUGCAUCCACAUUGCUCUCCACCUACGCCUCCUUUGCCGGAACCUUAAUGCUCCUCCGAUCCAUGGCAAGAGAGCUCAUUCCUGAGCAGCUCAGAUCUUACUUCUCCUUUUUUCACUACCUCUUCACCCCUCCCUCUACCAACCUCAUUCUCGUUAUCAACGAAUCCAGCGGGGUGUCAAGUAAUGAAGUCUACAAUGCCGCCGACCUCUAUCUUGCCACCAAGAUCAGCCCCAAAACAGAGAGGCUCAAGCUCAGCAAAACCGAGAGGCAAAAGAAUUUCGGGAUCUCAAUCGAAAAGGAUGAAGAGGUCGUCGAUAUUUUUGAGGGAAUUGAGUUGAAAUGGAGGUAUAACUGCAUAGAGCCUCGCGAAAAGGCUAAACAAAUCAAAGAAGAGUCCAAAGUGGUUAAGAUGUAUAAUCGUGACUGUCCUUGCGGCGAUGAUGAUACUGGCAUCUGGGGUUCCAUGAAUCUUGAGCAUCCAGCCACAUUUGAUACCGUAGCCAUGGAUUCGGAGCUGAAGAAGAUGAUAAUCGAUGAUUUGGAGAGGCACAGGAAAAUCGAGUUUGAUUGCUGCCAUGGCCAUUACCUCAAAUUUGAUAUAUACGAUCUGGAGCUUGCAAGUAUAUACUCCAAUUCGGACUUGAGAAACGUAUUGUUAUCAACAACUAACAGGUCAAUUAUUGUGAUCGAGGACAUAGAUUGCAGCAUUCAGGUUCAAGACAGGGAAAAUCGCUUAGAAUCUGAUAAUUCAAACAGAAGGUUAACGCUAUCUGGCGUAUUGAACUUCAUUGAUGGACUGUGGUCAAGCUGUGGGGACGAGAAAAUCAUUGUGUCUACGACCAACCACAAGGAUAGGCUUGACCCGGCACUGCUGCGUCCAGGCAGGAUGGACGUGCACAUCAACCUGUCCUAUUGCACAGUUGAGGCGUUCAGGAUCUUGGCCUCUAAUUACCUGGACAUCAACAAUAGAGACCAUCCCCUGUUCGGAGAAAUCGAAAGCUUGAUACAGAGCACGGAGGUGACCCCAGCAGAGGUGGCAGAGGAACUGAUGAGGAGUGAAGAUGCUGACCUUGCCCUUCAAGGACUUGUUAACUUCCUUAAACACAAGAGGAGUAAAUGUGAUAAAAUUGAGGAGGAAGUUGCUGAGACUGAAGAAGCAAACAGUUUGAAAAGUGAUAAUGAGGAAAAGGAAAUUAGUGUUAGGAGGAAGAGACGAAGGGGGAUCAGGAUAGCAACACGAAGACAGCGAGGAAAGGGAGGGACAAAGGAUUGACUAAGUAGAAGUGCCAAAACGUUUUUUCACUAAAAAAAUACAAUAUAGACUUUGGUUGCAGAGUCCCUGCUUCAUUUGGUGUUGUUGUUGUUAACGUAUGAGAUAAAGUCCGUUAACUAGUUAUGUUAGUUCUUGUGUGGUGGUAGUUGCAGAUGGUUUAUUUUGCUUAGUGGUGUAGCAGUUCAUGUUGGCAGUUUGUAACUUCUUUGCUUUUUGCAAUCGUCAUGUAUAAGUUUCUGGUUCUUUCCUAGAAACAGUAUAAAUGUUCCACACUCUGUUUUUCUGAAAUAUCAUAAUGCAGUUUAUGUGCUUCAUUUCUCAAGUUUAAUCCUUGAGUUUAUGUUCAUUUAAUGUUCAUUUUCACUUAAGGUUUCAUAUUUGCAUCAUCAGUUCUGAAAAUUUGGAAUAAGGCAAAUUGAUGUAGUGUAAAUUAGACCAGCAAGGUUAAUUCUAAUAUACAUAUCCCUUCUCAUAAGAGUUGAAGAAUGUCUUUUUCUUUUUUUACUUGUCUUGAACAAAGUAGAAAUACAAUAAUCAUGUUAAU